AUGGAUAAAGAAAAAAUUCCAGAAACAAAAGAAAAAACACCUUUAGUCGAUAAUAUUAAAAACAUAAUCGAAGAAAAUAAAAAACAAAUCAAAAAACUAGAAAAAGAUAAUAAAAAACUCAAAGAAGAAAACGAUGAACUCAAAGGACAAAUCAAAAGACUUUUAGAAGAUGCCAAAAAAAUACAAACAAAUAAUUUAUUGAAAAAUAUCUUGUUUGAUUUAUUAAAACAU